AUGUCACAGCGAAUAACAGAUGUUGUCCUUGGGGCCUUUGAAGCCUGUGCUGCCUUUCAGGGUUGCUGCAACAUCAUUUCAUUUGGCAUGGGUGGCGUUGACCCCAAGAGUGGUGUUGAGGUGCCUGGAUUCGGGGUGGGAGAGACUACCUGUGGCGGCUCAGGCGCUGGCGCGUCCUGGCAUGGCACUUCAGGAGCUCACUUUCAUAUGAUCAAUACACGCAUCACUGAUGCAGAGGUCUAUGGAUUGAGAUAUCCCGUGGUUCUGCGUCAAUUCUCGAUCCGUCGUGGAUCUGGCGGGGCGGGACGCUUCCAUGGCGGCGACGGGGUCAUUCGCGAGCUUGAAUUUGGUAUGCCAUUGUCCAAAUCGAUGCUCAGUGAGCGACGAGUCUUCCGACCCUAG